CUCUGCUCUGUCUGUCUCUCAGUCCCAUUUCUCCCUCGCUGCCUCGCUCUCCGAGCCUGAUUAUUUAUUACUUAUUACACUUUGCCAGAAAUACUUACAGGGGGAGGGGGGGGGGCUUCAUUCUUCUACGGAAUAACCCUUGGCAUGGACUGGGACAUCGAGGUGCAAGGAUAUUUGGUUCAGCGUCGUUUUCUGUUUUCUUAAAGCGAAUGACAACUUGUUUCUGUGUAGCAUAGUGACCGCCUGAUGUUAUUAACCGGCUGAAACGAAGCGCGGUGGACAGCAGACUCGCCAGGCGGCGGUCCGGUGCGCAUCUGCGGUCAGGACAUAUUUUUUGGGGGGCUUUCUUCUCCAAAAGGUUCGCUUUAAUGAUUCGAAAGAGAGGCACACAUGCGAGUGAGCUGCGAAACUCUCCGGCCGUGAUUCAACGAGCACAUGCCACAGAUGAGAGGGAUUAAGAAAGCAAGCGGAACCGCGACUCAUUGCGGAAAAGCCUUUGACUGCAGACUCAUGUGAAAACGCACCGUGGAGAACGUGCUCCGCGGCGUAGAGCCGAGAGAAAACCCCACAAUGUCCAUUCAUAUCGUGGCCCUCGGCAGCGAAUGCCCUGGGGUUGUGGGCCCCGGGGAGGAGGGACCCAUGGGUCAGGGCCAGCUGCAAGGGGGGCUGCUGUGGAGCUACCUGGGCCAGGGCGCAGUGGUGGGACCCCACGACCUGGAGAACAGCCUGCACCACCCGGCCUUCAUGGAGUACACCUCGCAGGUCUUUGGGGAUGUGAGCGUGGUGGUGCGGGACUGCCCCAGCUGGGAUCUGCUGGAUAGUGAUUGGGCGAGCGUGCGGAGUGUGCUUGAGCAGGCGGACAUUCUGGUCAUUAAGUACUCUGUAAACGACAAGCUGGCCUUCCAGCAGGUGAGGAAUGGCUACGCGCCCAGACUCCGCCCCCUCCUGAGGCACUGGGGUGUGCCGGUCAUCCUGGUCGCCGUGGGAGCACGUCUGCACGACGAGGGCCCCCCCUGUACUUGUCCCCUGUGUGCCUCCGACUGGAGCAGCUGUGUGCCCCACAGCGAGGGCCUCCAGUUGUCCCGGGACCUGGGGGCCACCUACCUGGAGUUGCCCUCACUCAACCACGUCUUUGUGGGACGCUACUUUGGCAGUGUGCUGGAGUUCUUCAUGAUCCAGUGUCUGAAGCAGAAAGCCAAAGAGAGACCAGAUAAGAGGCGUGUCAAUAAAGUGAAUGAACCACAGCCUCCUCACUUGGAACAACCAGCCCGCCUCCCUCCGAUCCGGGUGGAGGAGUCCAGCUUCUCCCAGGACAUGCAGUGGCUGCUGGAGCGCGGCGUGCAGUUCGCUGACGUGGCCUUCUUCGCCGGGGAUUCUGGGAAGGAGCUGGGCUGGGCGCAUGCGGCGGUACUGUGCGCCGUGAGCCCCUACUUCAGACAGCUGCUUCUGGGACCCAAGUCCAGGGAACGACCCCAGUCGAGGUGUAUUUGUCGAGAGCGAGACGGUGGCCCCCACUCUCUGCUUUCAACGUGGGACGGCGGGAUUAUUGACGAUAUGCCGCGGCCAGACGGGCACACGGUGGGACGCCUCUCUCGCCUGGUGGUAAAGGACCCUCUGCUGUGCCUGUGCCUGUGGGAGACCCUCAUGUUCCUUUACAGAGGAGCGUGGGAAUGGGACCACCUCCAGGAGGCCCUGGUGGAGAAGCUGAAGAACACCCUGGCUGUGGCACAGCUCAUGGAGCGCAUCCGCUCCUUCGUUGGCAUGGACAAGGCCUCCAGGGAGACCCCCAGUGCGCGGGCGGCAGUCCUUGGCCCCCAGACCCUCGUCAGUCUCUUUAAUUCUCCCCUCUACUCUGACGUCAUCUUCAUGGUGCAAGGGAGUGUGUUGCCAGCCCACAGAGCGGUACUGGUGGCGCGCUGUGAUGUCAUGGCGGCCAUGUUUAGUGGAAAGUACGCAGAGGCUCGGAGCCGAGUGGUGCCGAUCCACGGAGUCUCCUCAGACACCUUCCUCUCCUUCCUGGAGUACCUCUACACUGACACCUGCUGUCCUGCCAGUGUGCUGCAGGCCAUGGCCGUGCUCGUCUGUGCCGAGAUGUACCAAGUGAAGCGCCUGCAGCAUCUGUGUGAGGUGUGCGUGUGUGCCUACCUUCAGAGCAUGCCCAGCAGGGAGCUGGCAUCCACCGGUAUCAGUGUGAUCCGGCUACUCCGCCGUGCAAAGGACUCUAACGUCUUAUGUGCCGCCCAGUGUCACAACGCCGAGCAGCUCUAUGUAUGGCUGCUCCACUUCAUCGCCAACAACUACCUGAUCUUCAGCCACAAAGCAGACUUCCUGGAGCUCUCGGAAGAGGAGAGGGACCAUGUGGAGAGGUUGCGUUGGCCGUCCCGGGGAUACCUGCAGGAGCUCAGCGAGUACCAGCAGAGGAGACGCAAGCUACGCAAGUCCCGCUGCACGGUCAUGUGACGGCCCCCUCCGACACACACACACCCUGUGGAAUACACGGGAAGGGGGAGGGGCAGGGUGGAGGGGGGGGGGGGGGGGGCACCAAACAUGAGAACAUAUCAAGAACAUUGGUUUGGGAGAGAAGACGGCAGGGAUAGCAAUAUUAUGGGCUGCGGUACUGGUUGCUUGGGGAUUUCUGCUGGACGGCGGCCGGAGUGCGGCGAAGCAGAGAUACGCUGGGGGGGGGGGGGGGGAUGACAACACAACAACACCAGCGCAGUGGAGCAGAGUGCAAAGGUCGCCGUGGCCCCAAGCAGCCAAUGGAACGGCGUCCACCCGAUGAGACCCGUGCUCCGUCGCCCGCGGAAAAGCCUGAGUGUCCAGCCUGGUCCAGUGACUCAUCCACCAACAGCCAUUCAAAAUGUAUAUUGCAUCUGACUGGCUGACUGAGUGUAAAUAGGUACCCAUCUAUCACAUGAAAAUGAAAUACAAACCGAGAGUAGAUAUUUACAACCAAUACUGACAUACCAGGUGGAACAAGCCUGGACUGGACCAGAAACACCACUGUGCUGGACUGCAGCCCUGUAUACUUUAGAGACGUUACUGGAUAAUUCUGUUCAUCCCCUAACGCCUGAGACACUUUUACUAAAUCCCAUAGUUUUAACACUAUAUAAUUGGCCCAUGAUGUCCGUUUACCUGCGUAAAAAACAUUGAAGGGUUUCAAUAAAAAAUAAAAAAUAAAAACUGCUUGUCUCUGGAGUUCAAAUACAUCUAAAUGUCAUGUAGCUAAAAGGGUUGCCUUGUUGGGAGAACAUAGUGUAAAGCUUUCAGAGUCUGAUGCACAACCCCUGAAUGCCACCAGUAGCACAUUCAGGUUUGUUUUCAGAUACAUGUGGAAAGACAUCAUAUUAUGUUAUGUUACGUUCUUUUCCUUUUAAAAGACUACAUGCAUCAGUAUUUCAAAUGUGAUUCAUUAUUCAAUGUGUCUCGAUGCCAUUUUGGUCGAACAGGGCUAUUUCUAUGAUCCAUUUCAGAAAAUGGAAUACAAUGUCAUUCUAAAAUGUCGAUGAAUAUAGGCAACAUGGCCUUUGGUUCAUUUUUAAAAGGGUGCUUUUUGCAUAAUUUCUUAAUGUUAUUCAAGUUAUGUGAAUAUUUAUUCAUGGUUAGGAAAUUUAAGAGGUGAAAUACAUUUUAUUUCAUUUUGGAAUAACAUGAAUCAUGUAUUAUGAUUUAAUGGUGCUGUGAUUAUUUUUGUAAGCGAUUAGAUAUGGAAGGUUGUUUUUUUUCUUUCCUUUUGUUCACUUUCGGUGUUGGGCGACACUUUAUUGCACAGCACUUCAAUCAACUGUUUCGACAGUUCGUUAUUUUAGCAUAAAUGGUACCAACAAGUGAAUUAUGUUAUAUCCUCUUAUCAUUAUAAUAAAGACCAUAUUAUGUAAUGCUCAGUAGUAAUAUGGUUUUGGCUGAAGCUCAAAUUCAAGUCGGCACACACAAAAGCUAACACUGUAUCAUGACGUCUUCAUGGACCCACUGAUUAACAUAUCAAAUUGAAUAUGUGUUCUUUAAUACAUCACUUAAUGCCAAUAGCAUUUCCAAUAUGUGACCCCUUGAGGGAAAUGAAUGCACUGAGAUUACACAGCUAAUGGGAGAACAGCUGGAGAGAUGGACUUUGAAAAGGGGGGGGGUCAAGCUAUCACCACAGAGGACCUGUCAAUCAGGAGGAGCCCAUUACUAAUCCUAUGAAACUGAUGUCAGGGUGUAUCCGUGUUUUCUCAGCAAUAAAAUGUUACGUUUUUUG